UCGAAACAUAAUGAUUCCACCAUCUCCAACAUCUCCAAAACAAAAAGGUCAUUCUGAAAAACCAAUCAAUCCAAUCACUGGUCAGUACUUAGAUGAUGAAGCACCUUCACUUUCUGAUAUGACAGAUGAAGAAAAAGAGAGGGAAGCAGAAAGGUUGUUUGUUUUAUUUGAAAGACUCAAAAAAACGGGUGUUAUGAAUGUUGUUAAUCCCGUGGAGGAAGCUGCAAAGUCCGGAAAACUUAAUGAGAAUCUGAACAAUCAGAAACCAACUGUGAUCUUUCACGAAAAAAAAAUUAGAAGAGUUGGUCCUGUCUUCGAUGAAGUAUGGAGGUCCCAUCUUGCACUAUAUUGUCAGAAUGUACCUGAAGAUAUUCGAUAUUGGACCAAUAAACUUGCGGAAGAAAAUAAUUCUCAUAAGAGAUUCUCAAUUACAAGUUACUUUACCACC